GCAGUUUGGCCGUUGAGAACGAUUGACAGUAGUUACUGUGGUACCUGUCGGGGGCACUGCUCGCGAGUAGUUUGUUUGUGACAAAAAUAAGCAAAACAAACUACAAGCCAAUUUCCCCACCUUUUAACGUAUAAUUAGACGAGUUAUAUACUCCGAAUAACAAAGAAAAAGAAAGUAUUAAGCGGGGUGUGACUCGGUCAAGCUGCCUAACGGAGAGGCACCGCGUCAGGCUAUGAACCUGCGAAAGCCAGUGACAAAGAAAAAAACGGAGAAGAUUGUAAAAAGGUAGAGCCUAGAGAGAGACACUGAAGGUGAAGAUCCGCGAGAAACAAGACCUCCCCAUCAGACGGCGGAGUUUGUUCUUUGUUUUCCACGUCGAGAAGACGAUGUGAAGGAGAAGAUUAAGGGGAGAGAGAAAGAGAGCGAGAGAAGCUAGUUAAUGCUGUACGACGAGAGAAUGUGUGGGAAGGGCAUGGUGUGCCAGGGGGAAGUCCAGCGCCACGAGCUGUCGCUUAACCACGAGCUCAAGGAUGAAGAGUCGAAAAGAGCCAAGAACAGCUGGCACAAAAGCGGAAGGCGGCGAUGGCACAACGACAGGAGGGAGCACAGUUUAGUCUUGCGCCGCAAUCCACCGAGACCGCGGCGCUCUCCCGUCUCAGUGUCGCUGCGGCCAGCCAACGUCCGCGGCAGGCGCGCGCCAGGCAUGCGCGCGCCGCGCAACACCAACCAGUUCCUCAUGCACGAGAAGUACCAGCUCAUGCACAUGCGCUCCGACUCUGUCGGAACGGACAGCUGCUCUGACUGCGAGCUGGACCCCGCGGAUAUGGACUCGUACCUCGGGGUGCUGGAGAACGCCCGCGGGGCGCUGCUAGACAGCCCCGAGCACCCGUUCACAAGCAGCCCGACGUUUCACUUCUUCACUUUCCCUGAACCGCAGCGAGAAGACAGCAUGCAGUACUUUCCGUCCGAGAACGACGUCAUGCAGAGCGAAGAUUUCAUGCAGAGGGACUUUAAAGAGUUUUGUGACGCCGUGGCUUGUACAUAAACACUCGCCACAGGUAAAUAACCUGAUGUGCACUUACUCAUGGCCAUCAGAUCGUCCAGACCAACAGGACAUUUUAUUCACUUUAGUGUUAUGACAUGCCGUUGUCUUGUUAUUGUUGUUGUUGUUUUAUUACAAUGCAUUGUUUUGUUCCGGAAGUAAAGCAGUAAAGGAGGCGUGGCAGAGCAGCCAAUCAGAUUCGAGAUCACUCAGUUCCUCCGGACAGCCCCUAAAACCCCUAAGAGACUCCGUUUUGGACAUCUAGUGCACUACAACAGGGUAAAGAAGCCCUAUACCCUAUAUGUGGUACACUUGUUUAGGGAGUAGGGAGCCACUCGAGCUUCAGCCAUAUCCUGCUGUUUAAGUGACGUUUUGUAAACUGAAAUAAAAUUUGACGUUUUUAAGUAA